GGGACCCUUUGGCUCUCUAUCUCUCCUCCUUCUCUCCUGAUGAGAUUUGAGACUGGAAAGUACAAAUUUUUACUAAAGAUUUAGUUAAUCUAACUCCACAAUUGUCGCUGCAGAGCAGAGCUGAGAGUUUGAUCUCUGAAAAAUUGAUGAUCCCUUGUCUGAACAUUCCCACACUUUCAUCAUCAAAAGUAGUAGAAGUAGAAGAAGAAGAAUUCAAUUUCUUCAACACGCCAUUAUGGCUACUGAUAUCUUCUUCCUCUCCUUCCUCGUCAUCGUCAGCUUCCCUAACCUUAGUCUCUCUCUUUCCCCAGAUGGGCUUUCCCUACUUGCCUUGAAGUCUGCUGUCGACCAAUCCGACACCAACUCCGACAUCUCCGGCUUCUCUGAUUGGGAUGAGAAUGACUCCGAUCCAUGCCGGUGGACGGGAAUCUCCUGCAUGAAUGUGUCCAAAUUUUCCGAUCCCCGCGUCGUCGGCAUCGCCAUCGCCGGCCGCAACCUCCGUGCCUAUAUCCCCUCCGAGCUGGGCUCCCUUUUCUACCUCCGCCGUCUCAACCUCCACGGCAACCACUUUUAUGGCUCCAUCCCUGAUCAGCUCUUCAAUGCCUCUUCCCUCCACAGCAUCUUCCUCUACGGCAACAACCUCUCUGGUCCCCUUCCUCCUUCUCUCUGCCACCUCCCUCGCCUCCAGAACCUCGACCUCUCCCAGAACUCUCUCUCCGGUACCCUCCCCAGGGAUUUCGGCAACUGCGGCCAGUUGCAGCGCCUCAUUCUCACCCACAACAAGUUUUCCGGCAACAUUCCCACCGGAAUUUGGCCCAAACUGAUGAACCUGGUUCAGCUCGACCUCUCGUCGAACGGCUUCAGCGGAUCGAUCCCCUCGGACCUCGGCGAGUUGCAGUCCCUCUCCGGAACGCUCAACCUCUCCUUCAAUCACUUCUCCGGCCACAUCCCUUCCUCUCUGGGGAAAUUACCGGCGGCCGUGAGUUUCGAUCUCCGGCAUAACAAUCUCAGCGGCGAGGUCCCUCAAGAUGGGACUUUUGCCAACCAAGGCCCCACUGCGUUCCUCGACAAUCCUUCCUUGUGUGGCUUCCCUCUCCAGGAUCCAUGCCGUUCUACUAACUCGCCACAGGCAGCACAGAACACUCCAGGUAGUCGGAAUUCAGCGCCGUCGUCCGAUUCCAACUCAAAGAAAGGACUGAAACCAGGUUUCAUCAUCCUAAUCUCUGUCGCCGACGCAAUCGGAGUCGCAUUCAUCGGUUUGGUCAUUGUUUACGUAUACUGGAAGAGGAAAGACUCCAACAAUGGCUGCAGCUGCACAGGGAAAAGCAAAUUCGGGGGUGGCGAUAAAGGCAUGAAUAAGUUCUGUCCUUGCUCUUGCUUAAAUGGAGUUUCUAGUAACGACUCUGAAAUCGAAUCCGAGAAGGAAGGUGGUGGGGGAGCAGAAGGCCAAUUGGUUGCGAUUGAUAAAGGGUUCACAUUCGAACUGGACGAACUACUGAGAGCAUCGGCGUAUGUGUUGGGGAAGAGUGGAUUGGGAAUCGUGUACAAGGUGGUUCUGGGUAACGGAAUACCGGUGGCCGUGAGAAGAUUGGGUGAAGGUGGAGGUCAGAGGUACAAGGAAUUCGCUGCAGAGAUACAGGCGAUAGGGCGUGUGAAGCAUCCAAACGUAGUGAAGUUAAGGGCUUAUUACUGGGCUUCUGAUGAAAAGCUUCUCAUCUCCGAUUUCAUCUCUAAUGGCAGCUUAGCCUCUGCUCUCCGCGGGAGAACUGGGCAACCGUCAUCGAGUCUGACCUGGGCAACUCGGCUGAGAAUCGCUAAGGAAGCGGCAAGGGGGUUGGCUCACCUACACGAAUGUAGCCCAAGGAAAUUUAUCCACGCGGACAUCAAGCCCUCCAAUAUCCUCCUCGAUAACGACUUCCAUGCUUACAUCUCCGAUUUCGGUCUCAACCGUCUGAUCAGCAUCACAGGUAGUGAUCCAUCUUCCUCCGGAGGCCUGAUCGGUGGGGCCCUUCCUUACAUCAAGUCGACCCAACCUGACCGCCCCAAUAAUUACCGGGCCCCCGAGGCCCGGCUUCCUGGAGCCCGGCCCACACAAAAAUGGGACGGCUACUCCCUCGGGGUAGUACUUCUGGAACUGCUUACCGGAAAGUCUCCGGAGACAUCGUCGGCAACAUCUCCAUCUCCGACGACAUCAUCAGCGGCGGAAAUACCAGAUUUGGUAAGGUGGGUGGGGAAGGGGUUUGAGGAGCAGAAGCCAUUGUCGGAGCUGGUGGAUCCGAUGCUGCUAAAGGAAGCCCACGCUAAGAAGGAGGUGUUAGCCGUUUUCCAUGUGGCCCUGGCAUGCACCGAAACCGACCCUGAGAUUCGUCCCAGGAUGAAAACUGUGUCUGAAAAUCUUGAUAGGAUUGGCACUUGACGCCUAUGGAUAGCCCCCCAUCCAUAAAACCAGUUUUCUUUUGUUAUUUAUUUUUUGGGCCACCCUAGGCCAGGCCACGAGUUUCCCUCACUAUGACCCGCUAGCGCAGCAAAGGUCGUUGUUUUUUCUUCGCUCUUUUUGUCUAUUUGGUUCGUUAGAAUAUUCCAUUAAUUUCUUGCAAGCUAUAAUGAAUAGAAAUUUUUAAUUCUGUUUUUAUUCGUUUUUAAUUUUAAUGAAA